AUGGCAACUCCUGCUGCUACAAGAGACAAAUACAGAUCCUACUUGAGUGAAGAGGAGAUCAACAACACCAAAUGGAAUUUUGGUCCUCCCAAUUAUGAUGAUGUAAACAAGCUCUUUGAAGAAGGAAGAACUAAUAUAUGGCCGGUUGGAUCACUUGAAGAGAAAGUGCAGAGGCUUGUGAAGACAUGGGAGAUGGAAUUGUUACACAAGGCAGAUCCAGAUGAGUACAAGACCGUUGAUGCAGAGAAGUUCAAAUUUGGCGUCAAUGGUAGAAAAUUUUUCACAUUGGCGGAAAUUAUAAAUAUUGGGGGAGGUUAUAAUGCAUUUCUUCAGACAUCCUUGCCAACAUCUUUGAGACUCUACAAUUCUGAGGAGGAAACAGCUGGUUCAUCACAAACUCUUUUCAAAACAACAUUCCCACGUGGAUUUGUAAUUGAAAUUCUUCAAGUGUAUUCAGGACCUCCUGUGAUUGUGUAUAAAUUUAGGCACUGGGGUUUCAUGGAGGGCGCUUUUAAAGGGCAUGCUCCUACUGGAGAAAAGGUUGAAUUCUUUGGAAUGGCCAUUUUUGAGUUGGAUGAACACUCCAAGAUUGUGAAGGUGGAGUUCUUUUAUGACCGUGGAGAACUGCUGGCAGGAUUUUAUACAGCAAAUGGUAACUGUGGAGUUCAAGCAAAAGAUUUUCAUAACUCAUCGAGUUAUAAGGAUGAUUUGAUUCUGCUUACGAGAAUCAGAUAUUUCGUUGAUCCUGGUUAUCCAUAUGAAGAAGCUUUGUCAAAAAACAGGACUGAUUUGACAAUGUAUCUUUAUAAUAAACAAUUCAGCAUGACUAAAGGAGGAUUGAUUCUGCAAAAACCAGAUAGUACACCACUCCAGUAUGCUGCAACUGCUUCUUUUCUUAGCAAAUUGUACAGUGACUAUCUUGAACUUUUACGACGUACUAGUGGAAGUUGCAACACUGAUAAUUUUACUCUUGAAAUGCUGAGACUGAGAGGUUUCUCCAUGUCACAGGUUGAUUACAUUCUUGGUAAUAAUCUCAUGAAGAUGAGCUACAUGUAG